GCCAUUUAGGCAUGCAAAACACACACAAAAAAACACAGCACAUAAGUCAACCUUAAUGAUGUCAGAAUCACGGUGAGCACACUGGUGUCGCAAAGAAAGAUGCGUUCACGCAGAGACGCUCUCAGCUUCCGAAAUGGGAUUUACUUUGGGCAAACUUUCUGUGGAGUUCAACAAGUUGGAAGCUUGCUGGUCAGACUUUGAGCCUCUUUUCCUCCUUCAUGGAUGGAAAUCAAGCGGAAGGAAAGCAAUACUGGGAAACUCGCGCUUGCGUCAGUUUCCCUAAGGUGUAAAGUUUCGUAAAGUUUCGUAAAGUUUCCUAAGUUUGUUGUUGUGUAAAAACAGAGCCGGGUCAAUGGGGACGCGGCGUUAGUUUACAGGUUGUAAAAGCAAAGACGCAAAACAAAACAAAACAAAAGGCUGUGGAUCUAUCGAUGAACUAAAAACAAACAAAAAACAACAACAAAAACGAGGGAGUUUAGACGCCAGAAAGUCGGGAGGGAAGACAGACGCGAUGGCAGAGAAGGAGACGCAGAGCAAAGCUGCGGUUUACCGGAGUGUCUCUUUCAAAAAGCUGCACAAUUGGAAGGCCAAUAAAAGCGGCUCGGGAGCCGAGGAUCAGCGCCACGGAUCGGAGGAUUUGGAGACUGGAGGAGCCCUUCCCCCUCCGGCUGCACAGCCCUCGGAUAUGCGCAGUGCUGCUGUGGCUAGAAAAGUUUCCAAAAUCUCAGCAGCCAGCCUCUCGAGGGCAGAGCUGAAGAAGGGUUCCACUCAUACCAUUUCACCCUCAAUCCGCCAGCUCUCAGAAAAGUUUGGAACAAACACAAAUUCAGGCAGCACUUCAGUCCUUCAGUCUGCAGUUUCACACAGGAUUAGAUCUCCAGAUGGACCGUCUUCCCAGGAUAUUUCAGGAUGUUUCCCUGAUCAGGGCAAAGAUCUUUCAGGAACCCUGACCGACAAACUUUUGGAUCAUAAGUGUCAAGAAUCCGUCUCUGGCUCGGAUUCGGAUAGAGGUCAUAAACGGAGGGUUCGAAUGAUCGGAGGUGGCACACAGGCAGGUAAGAGUGAUUAUUCUGAAAUCAGUGAUGGCUCUGACAGCUUUAGUGGUAACACUUUAAAUUCAGAAGAUGAUAUUUGUGUCCUAGGAAUUUCAACAUGCAAGUCUCAUCGCCACCAUCGCUCUUCCCUAGGCGAAACUAUUCAUGUUGAUUCAAGCUGGCCAAGCGUUACAAAAAUUAGAGAGCUUUUUGGGGAUGGUCACAGAAAGAAGCACAAGUCAAUGUCAGAUGGAGAGGACUUGAAAUCUGAUGACUAUCACCUUCACCAUUCCUACAGCACAAAAGACGGCAACACGUCCUCAGACAAGAGCGACAGGCAGUCGCCACUGCAGCCAAGAGGACACUGGCAGAAUACAAACAGCUCAGAUCAUGAUGCUAACAGACAUCAGGGUAUGGACUCUGCUUUUAGCACAGAAAAGCAUUCUCAUGAUGGUGAUCUUAGCUCUGUGACGAGAAAACUGUCAACGGAUAGAAGUAGAGUUGAGACUCACAAAAGUAGCAGAAAGGGCUGGACGGACAGUGACCCCCGACCCACUCCACCCACCCCUCCACCUCGCAGUAGUUCUGUUGCACUGCCUCUCAGGUCCCAUUCGUGUGCUCACAGUGAGCAGCUGCAGGAGCAGAGACAGUGGGCGAAGCAGCCGCAGCCAUCAGAUAGUUUGCAUUCCUCGCAUAGUUCCUCAAAACCACAGACGGGCUCCUCCGUGGAAUCGGUCAGCACUCGUGAGAGAUUAAGCUCUGGAGAAGAGGAGGACGAGUCUGGAGGGCAGACAGGUAGAAAAACACUCUCAUUUGUGCACAGCAGUGAAGGAAUUGGCACACACAUUUCAAGGAACAAGCAUGAUGCCUGGGCCAAACUCUCUCAUAGGUCUUCAGGUAGUGAGGAAGACAGCCCAGCAGGAUUAGCUCAUCAAGUUCGACGUCGUUCUUUGAGGAAAAAGAAGAAAAGCAAUUGCAGUAGAGAGAAUGAGGAGUCUGAUGACAGUGACGACCAGCAUGUGAUGAUGGAGCACCUGGAGCGCAACCAGCGUUCAUGUGAUUCCCAGAUGGAGGGACAUAGGCUUGACAGCUUACGGUCUAAGGCCUGCUGUAGUGGGCAGAUGUGGGAGAGAGGGCACACGGCUCGAGGUUCCUCUGUGGUUCAGGACAGUUAUAGGCGCCUUUGUAAAGCUUCUGAGGGUCAAGUUGGCACCAGUAAUGUCCCAUUUGUGUCACGUGUAUCAAAGGUAACCAUUCCCUCAUUUCUCUCCACACCCUUGGGGUCACGCUGUAGCAGCAGAUAUUCCAGUACUGAGACUCUGAAGGCUGAAGAUCUUGUGAGUUCAACGUCCAACAGAGCCUCAUCUUCUGUCCUAAGCAAAACAUAUCAUGGCAAUGCUACUAUGUACCGCUCACCUAGUUUUGGGCAUGGAGACAAUUUUUCUCGUGCCCCUGUCCGUGUUCGUCCCUGGUUGGUGCCUAGCUUGAAACAAGGAGAAGGCAUUCGUAAUGCUGCAGAAAACAGACUUGGACGCCGUUCUGUCAGUCAUGAAAAAGAUAAAGACAGAAUAUCCAUGUCAAAUCCUGAUAUUGCUUCAGAAACUUUGUCACUGCUGAGUUACCUGAAAACUGAUUUAUCAGAGCUAAGGAUGAAGAAGAGAGGCCAAGAUGGUGAGGAAGGUCUGAACUCCAGCCUUCAGGGUGCUCAAAGCGUAUCAAAUAUGUACAGAAUGGGCUCAAGAACCUCAGGGUUGAACUCCAGAAGGCCCUCGCUAAAGGAUCUCACUGCUACUUUGAGGAGGACCAAAUCUUUCACUUACUCAGAGAAACCAUUAGGGUCAGCUAUGAGGAGUUCCUCUGAGCAAAGACUGGACUGUGAAAGUGAUGGAGAUCGAGUAGUCAUCUCUGAUAGAGAGGUGGAGAGUGAUGAUUGCAGAGGUUGUUAUGACUAUGAAGAGCAAAUGCCAACCCCUCUACAAGAUCGCUACGUUCAAGAAGCAAGACAGGUAAUAAGGGAUAUUUGUCAAAUGAGUGCUAACAAGGAUUAUGAUGAUGAUGAUAUUGAAGGCUUUAAAAGAAAUGGGACUUUUGAUGUGGUGGAAGCUAAUAAAGAAACUAAUAUGACAAAGCAAGUGGAGAGGAUGGAUGGACAGAUUGUAGAUACUGUAAACAAAAAACAGGCUGAUAUAGAAAGUGGAAAAUGUUUACCAAGGGGAAAUUCAGAGGAGAACAUGUUUGGUGAUAAGUCAUUGGAUGAACUUUCAGGACAUGAAUCAAGUCUGACAGAUGAAGGAAUUGUCACAGAGCCGGAGGCUGGCUCAUAUGGAGGGCUGUCCUCUGGCACAGACUUGCUAGGCCAGACGCUCACUGUUUGGACUCAGUCUGGACUGUAUGAGGAACAGUCAUCCAACAUGACGCCGGAGAAGUCUCUUUCCGCUCCUGCCCCAUCUGUGAGGACAGAAUAUGAGGCAGUAGCUAUAGGAGGAGAUGUAAGCAUCAGUAAAAAUGUAAACCAGGCUUCUUUAGAGGCUCCGCCUACUCCCAGCGCUCUUCGAAGACGGAGAAAAUUCUCCACAGCUGCCAACAAUGGCUCAGACUCCAGCAAUGGCAGUAAUGGGGAGUCAAAUGGUGAGUCUGCUUACCGCUCUCUCAGCGAUCCCAUGCCACACCGAAGUCGCUCGGUGGCAGAGGAUGGCAGUAACAGCUUUUCUAUGGACAGCAAUCUACUUGGCUCACUCUCUCUAAACUCAAAGGUGGGUGUAAGUGCAGACUCCUCUGCAGCAGAUCUGUCAGAGUGUACCGGCAGUGCAGCUAGUGACCUGUCAGUGUAUAGUGACUCUCUGCGGGAUUACAGCACUGUGAUACAGAGCAUAGUGCAUGAACCAGGUGCAAUGGACAAGCUCAUUGAUGAGAAGGCAAACGGAAAAGCAGUGAAAAAGAAAAGCUUUAGUGACCCCAGCAGACGGGGAGAACUGGCUUCUCCUGCCCUUGAAGUCAGGAAACAUCCUAACGAACCUAUUAACGAGUUAGAGCAGCCCAUUCCUCCUUCCAGCAGUGAGCCGAUCUUGUCGGAGCAAAGAGAUGAGUUGUGGGAGCUGAACAGUGAGCAAUGUCAGCCAUAUUCCAACAGGAGGACUCGAUCCCAAUCAGAGCAUGUUUUGCCCUGUCAUCUUGACCGCAAUGGAGUUAAUAAAGAUGGCAACGAGGAGCCAAAGUUGCCCUUUGACCCAAAGCUGGCCCAGGUGUUGUCUCCUUGCAUAAGUCGUCGCGGUUACAAGAAACGCACACACCGAGUGACACAUCAACAGUCUUGUGAUUAUGGGGACCAGUUAGACGAGCAGCAAGAGGAUCAAAACUUUGAAGAUCAUCUGGAUCCUUCCAAUCCCUCCAUCCCGCCUCAGCUUUCUGUACCUAAAAUAAGGCCCAAACACGUACGCCAUGCCAGUGAGCCUGCAACAUUUGUGCCCAUUACACCAUCUAACCAGCCGCGUAGCAGCUCCCAACACCUCUCAAGACACAGACAAGAAGAGGGAACUCCGUCUUUGGAGGAUGUGACGGAACAGUACAUUCUGGCCUUGAAUUCACCUGAGGGAUCUUCAGAAGCCCCCACUGAUGGAGCUGUUGUGGAAGGUACCAGCUCUGCUCCUGCAACAGCCACCACUGACCCCAAACUGCAGAGGAAAUGCAGCGAUGAGCUGACCCAGGCCCCGCUUAAAACCAAACCACGAGUGGACAUGAGAAGACAUGUCAUGAUGACUCUACUGGACACUGAACAGUCAUAUGUGGACUCUCUGAGAACGCUGAUUCAGAGCUACAUGAAGCCACUGAAGCAGGCGGAGAACUCGCCGCUCUGCGAUCCGUCUCUGGUGGACGAGAUGUUCUACCAGAUCCCUGAAAUCCUGGAGCACCACGAGCUUUUCCUGGAGCAGGUGAUCAGCUGUGUUAAUGACUGGCAUGAGCGCCAGACCAUCGGCGACCUCCUCGUCCUGUCGUUCUCCAAAGAGGUGCUGGCUAACAUUUACUCGGCAUACAUCGACAACUUCUUGAAUGCCAAAGACGCAGUGAGGAUCGCUAAAGAAGCCAAACCUGCUUUCAUGAAGUUUUUGGAGCAAAGUAUGCGAGAGAAUAAGGAGAAGCAGGCUUUGGGUGAUCUGAUGAUCAAACCUGUGCAGCGCAUCCCGCGCUAUGAGCUCUUAGUCAAAGAUUUGCUGAAACACACUCCAGAAGACCACCCAGACCACCCACACCUGCUGGAUGCUCAGAAGAACAUAAAGCGAUUGGCUGAGAGGAUCAAUAAGGGACGACGUAACGCGGAGGAGGUGGAGCGAGAGACGCGGGUCAUGCAGGAGAUCGAGGCACACAUAGAGGGGGUGGAGCAUAUCCUGAAUCCUCAGAGGAAGUUCCUGAGACAGGAAAUGGUGAUGGAGGCGAAAUCGGUAGGAGGGAAGAAGGAUCGCUCUCUCUUCCUGUUCAGUGAUUUGCUGAUUUGUACCACUCUGAAGAGGAAGUCGGGUUCUUUGCGUCGGAGCUCCAUGAGUCUAUAUUCUGCUGCUAGUGUCAUUGACACCUCCAGUAAAUAUAAGUUCCUGUGGAAAUUGCCCUUGGAGGAUAUCGAGGUAGUGAAAGGCUCGAAUCAGGCCACCAACAGGGAUACAAUCCAGAAAACCAUCAGCCGUCUCGAUGAGGACCUCAGUACACUCGGCCAAAUCAGCAAGCUAUCAGAGACGCUCAGCUUUCCUCACCAGAGUCUGGAUGACGUGAUAAAGGACCUGAUGGCGUCGGUUCACAGGGAAUUAGCAGAGAAACAGUCCCUGGCUUUCAGCAUGACCUUCUUGCCCACUAAACUGGAGCUGAGCACGGCGUCUGCAGACAGCACGUUCAUCUUCGAGUUCAGCAGUCCAGACGCACGCAGCAACUUCGAACAGGCCUUUGAGGAGGCCAAAAAGAAGCUUGCUAUGAAUAAAGACGAGUGGGACCCUGAGUUCCUGAAAGCCAUCCCCAUCAUGAAGACCCGCAGCGGCAUGCAGUUCUCCUGUGCCUCACCAAGCCACAGCAGCCCGGAGAACGUGUGUGAGGUGUGGGUGUGUAAUAGUGACGGCUAUGUAGGCCAAGUUUGCGUGCUGAGCAUCAGGGCCGAGCCCACCGUGGAGGCCUGUAUCGCCGUCUGCUCUGCACGGAUCAUCUGCAUCGCAGCUGUGCCAGGACUCAAGAGCAGGGAGCGUGUGGAAUCGAGGCACUCUGCCCCUGCGGCGCCGUCCGAGUCACUGCCGGCUCCUUCUGUCCAACCUCAGCUCCACAUCUCCAUCUCUCGUUCCUCUCCGGAGCUCAGCGAUCCUCCUGCUCCCACAGCGCCUGAGCUAGGGCCCUUUGAAAGUGACGACUCGGAUGAUGAAGACUCACCGAGCCCCUCGUCCACGCUGCAGAGCCAAGCAUCACAUUCCACCAUCUCGUCCAGCUAUGGCAAUGAUGAGGGAGCAGGCUGUAAGGACAUGGCCCCUGAGACUACCAGUUCAGAGGAGGAGCAGGAGUUCUCCAGCGGGUUUGGGCCACAGCGACUGAGCGUCGACAGCCCAAUGGACGGCCGUGCCAUGCGCAGAUCCAGCCGAGGCUCCUUCACCCGUGCCAGCCUGGAGGACCUGCUGAGCAUCGACCCGGAGGCCCACCAGAGCUCAGUGUGGCUGGGCACCGAGGACGGCUGCAUCCAUGUUUACCAAUCGUCAGACAACAUCAGGAACAGGAAGAACAGCAUGAAGAUGCAGCACUCAGCCUCCAUCUUGUGCAUCCAGUAUCUCGACAACAAAGUCUUUGUGUCCCUUGCUAAUGGAGAAGUGAUUGUGUAUCAAAGGGAAGCAGGGAGCUUCUGGGAUCCUCAGAGUUCUCAGACGUUGUGUUUGGGUUCCCCGAGCAGUCCCGUCACUAAGAUGGUCCCAGUGGCAGGGAAGCUGUGGUGCGGCUGUCAGAACCGGAUUCUCAUCAUCAACACCAGCACUUUAACACAAGAGCACUCGUUUGCAGUGGGCCAGGACAGCGGGCGGUGUGUGACCUGCAUGGUGAGCUAUGGUCAGGGUGUGUGGGUGGCUCUGCAGGGCAGCGCGCAGGUUCGUCUGUACCACUCCACCAGCUAUGAGAGCAUCGCUGAGGUGGACGUGGCACCUGCUGUUCACAAGAUGCUCGCAGGCUCAGAUGCCAUUAUCCGCCAGCACAAGGCUGCAUGUCUGAGGAUCACAGCUCUCCUGGCCUGUAGAGACGUGUUGUGGAUUGGGACGAGUGCCGGGGUAGUGCUCACUCUGCCAGUCCCACCUGUGACCUCCACCGUAGGGACAGUUCCAUUGCGGGCUCCGCUCGUGCCCACUGGCUCUGCCCACGGCCACACUGGCCACGUCCGCUUCCUCACCUCCAUUGAGCUGCCUGAGGGCUUUGAUGUCCACUUUCCCUCCCAGACAGAGUCAGAGCUGAGUACUGACGGAGGAGUGCAGCAGCGCCGAUCCUCCACCCUCCUCACAGGUAAAUCCACUCUGCUGGUGAUCAGCGGUGGAGAUGGCUACGAGGACUUCAGGCUGAACAGCAGCAGCGAGACGGUGGGACGAGACGACAGCACCAACCACCUGCUGCUGUGGCGCGUGUGAGAGGCUCCACCCACUCCAUAUCUGGCCCCCAUGAAGUGAAAUCAGGCUCCACCCCCUUUCUGGCAGCGUGUUGCUCAAGCCUCUGAACCCUGCUAUCUCUGUGCAUGAGCAUGACAGAAACUGAAAGGGUCGUUUCUAACAUUUUCUUUGUUUCGUUGUGUAAUCAGUCGUCGAGUUGUACUCUCUGUGUCCCACAUGGUGUAAGAAGUGAAUCUCGCGCUGCUUGUGGUGUUUCCUAGUGGGAUAUAUACGUAUAGUGUGACACCAGUCUACAGAGAAGAGAUGACAUGGAGGACUCGUCACAGAACGGAAAAAUCACUGGAUGGAGAAUGAAGGAGAAAAAGAGCAUGAUGUGUGAAGCAACUGCAAUGUGGAAAAGGGCUCAAAGCUGAUAUUAUUUUCCUAAUCAGAGAGUAUAACUGAAGGAAGAAUAGAGCAGAGAGAAUCUUGCAGGUCUAAAGACGGUGAGAUGAAAGAAAUAGACUCAAGUCUAUUGGGACGAUUGUUUGGACACUAAAGAUGACUAGAUAUCUCGGAGUGUUUUCUGUCCUGCCCCUCUUUAGAGAACGAUGGAUGAUGGACUCGUUUACACACAGCGUGAUCAACUACUGCUCCGUCACACUGUGAUCGCGUUCAUGAACAACAAGGUUUUGUCUCGAGCUCCACAAGCGAGAGCAAUACGAGAGUUUGUCUGUACCUAACCAAUGUGCAAUAUAAGGCUAGGGUAUCUACUUAGACUAUAUUAUAUAUUCACACACACACACCCACACACACACGCCCAUACACACACACCAACUAAAGCCACACACUUACCCAACCCUACCCCUUUUCCACCUCCACAGUGCAGUCGGUUCAGGGAUUUUAAGAAAUGGCCUGAAUUUCCACAGUUUAAGACCUGAAGCUGUACGUAAAUUAAAAUAAAAAAAAAAAAGACAGACAGACAAUGUGUGUGUACUUCUGAGUCAAAACCAUCCAAACCCUUUGGCUAGUAUAGACAAUAAUAACAUGCAAAAAGAAACGUACCUAUGGUUAUUGUCUUUUGCAUUAUUAUGAGUAUGGGGUUAAAUAUAUUAACCAUACAUGAAAAAGGGUUCCUCAAGGGUUCUUUACAUGGUUCUUUGUUUUUUAAAGGGCUUCUAUUUUGAAUACUUUUCUAAAAGAAAAGCCCUGUUGUAGGGUUAUGCUUCUCAAGAGGGACAAACUUUGUGUGUUCAAUGGAGUUUUUUUCCCUAAGCAUGUAGUUUUACUUAAAUGUUUAUUUCUUGUUCAGACGAUUGAUUAAUUGUGGCAAAAUCUGUUUUUGUUAUUUUUUCAACAGCAAUUUUCUUACAGGUUUAAAUCUAGAAUUAAAAGAUCUUUAAGAACUCCUUACAUAUCAGAGAGGCUUACAAGUAGAGCCCCUAAAAAUGUUCCCAUCUAAAGAACUCUUGAGGAACCUGUUUUUUUUUUUUUUUUUUUUUCCCCGGAGUGUGCACCAUCAUCUCCUUGUGAUCAUGUAAAUAGCUUGAGUUGCUCAAGUUGUUGCCAUGAUGAUAAAGUGGCUCUGCCCCCAAGCCCCUGCUUCUUGAUUCCAGACUAGCAGCAUUUUGUUGAUUCUAAAAGCUGCGAACCAGCUCUUUUGCGGUCGAAAUGCACAGAAUGGUUAGAGAUCAGGAUCUUGCACUGCGUUGGUGGAAACAGGCUACCUUUAAGAGCGUUCUAAUCCUUAUCAACAUAUCGCCACAAUCACAGCCCACUUCUUCACGUCAUCAAACUAUUCCUUCUGUUGUCCAGUUAUUGUUUUUGUGUCUUUUUUUUUUUUUUCUUUUACGUAUGGAGUCCAGUAGGUCAUAUAAAGGAGCAGCCAAUAUGGCUGUUGUGGUGAAAUUGUGUACAGUAUUUAUGUUUUUGAUUUUACAGCACUUAAUUUAUAAAGACUUCUCUUCUGUUACCUAAAAAGGUGAAGCUGUAUGGCUCAUUCAUGCUACUUUCCGGUUCCGUCCAACCAUGCCACUACACACGUCACACACCUCAUCGUAAUCAGGGGUCAGCGGUUCAGCAAAAAAAAAAAAAAUCAAGCACAUUUUCAUAAUAGACAAUACGUAUCACAAUAUUUCAGUUUGAAUGACAGCAAAGUGAUGGUACAACAUAUUUAAAAGAAAGAAAAAUGAAAAAAGGAAGAACUAAACACUAAAAAGUGUUGAGUGUGUUGAAGGCACUUACACAGAAUCAAGCCACACCACUGUUAAAAAAAAGUGAGAUUUUUGAGUGAGCUGAGUUUUAACACUAUUGUUUACAUCAUGCAUUCCUUAACACCAGCAUUAAGCAUUGUUUUUGGUAGUUUAGGUGAAGAAGGAUCAAGUGUAUUUGUUGCUUUUGCGUGUUCUGCGUCAUCGGCUUAGUAAGCACUCACACAAGGAGUCCCAGAGGUAAUAGUGCAGUCAUGUUAUAGCAGAAAACAGAAAAGAAAAAAAAAGAGUAGCGCUGUGUGCAGAACAAAAGCAGUGCACUACCCACUUUUAAACCUGGCUGAGAAAUUCAGUAAAAUGUAUGCACUGUAAAUGCCUCUGUGAUGUACUAGAUGCUCUGAAAGAUGAGGUGCAGAAGGCUGGCACUUCGCACUCAAUAGUUAGAGCCUGCUUUACAUAGCAGUAGAGGAGUGGAGAAAUCAGAGGCCGUUCUGGUGCAAAUUACUGAAAAUGGAUGCAAAUUAGUUGGAAAGUUUUAAGCAUUUUGGGGUUUAAAAUCAGUAGGUGUUCCUGUGGUCUUGUCAAGUACAUAGUAUGAGAUGUAAGACUUCAUAAUAUCUAAAAACAAAACAAGGCAAAUAAGGCUCACGUCUCUUGUUUUAAUGCAUGGAAUUAAAAAAAUGUUAUUUAACAACAAGAAAAAUGUAUAAUUGUUCGUAUAGGUUUUUUCCAGUGUCAGCAGUUUGUAACAGUAUGUUUUCCACCACAGGAAAGUCUUCAGGAAGUCUUCGGUAACUUGACAAGCUGAAGGUUUUGGUCUUAUUAACUUCAAGAGAGAGCUAAAAAAAAAAAAAAAAAAAAAGGCUGGUGAGGGAACGAAUAUUUAUAGCCGUUAUAACAGAAGUGAUAAUGAGAUAACUUGUCUUGUGGAUGUUUCACAAAAUUUAAUUAUAAAUAAACGGUUAGAAAGCAUGACCUGUCGUUCAAUUAAGAAGUUUGUAAUUAAACUGCUGUGGUGUAAGAGGAAUAACACACUUCAGGACGGGUCGUUACAGGAAAAUAGUAUGCUUUGUGUCAGGCUGGGAGAGAUUAUUUUCCUGUAACAGCGCACUCCACCUUGUCACAGUGCUUUAUUCCUUUAAAAUCGAUCUUUAUCUGCUCAAUCGUUAUAAAUAGUAAACAAACUUUUCUGUAACUGCCUAUUAUUUCUGAGACGUGGUGCAUUACAAGCUGAAAGUGUAGAAACAAGUUUCAGAAACAGUUUACAAUAAGGACCAUUUGUCAACAACACAACAUUUGUCGACAUUUAGUCAAGGUGUACUAUAUGGAAAAUAUCUUGAGUAUUGGAUCGAGCUCUUGUGGGAGUAACAUGAAUGUUUAGUGCAUCCCAUGAGUCACUUUAGAAGAACUUAGGAACCCAUGGGAUGUCAUAGUUCAAUAAUUAUUGAAACUUCAGGAAAGUCCUUGAAUUUAAUGAUAAAGAAAGAAAUCCUUGUCUUUAAUGAUAAAGAAAGAGAUCACAACCAAAUGAAGAGUUUAUUAGAUGUACACUGUUGCUGCAGACAUUUUUGUUCUGUUAUUAAACAUAUUGUCUUGUAUCACUUAGAAAAAAAUAAUGUUUAAUUGUCGUGCUUCCAUUUUUUUAUGUAAUGCAUGAGUGGUGGCCUGGGAAAACCCUUUGCAUGGUGACAUUUUCACAUUUUCUACUGUAUAUAGUUUUGAAAACGUACCUGAAAUUUGUUUCUCUUUUGCAUGUAUCUCAAGCAGAAGUAAAGUUACAAUAUUUUAAACAUUUCAUUCCAGCAAUGACAGACAUUUUGACAGCCGUUAUUUGAUUACAAGCUAAAAUGAUUAGGCUUAUGUCUAUUUCACUACGGCGUAAAGCUAUCCAACAACUUUAUCGAAUAGUGACAUUCGCUGUGUGAGGAAAUCACACUUAGCUAGCAAGGUUUUUAGACAUCUUUAAACAGGCAAACUGUUUUUGCCACUGUGUCUCCAUACCCAAUGUGAUCUUUGCAGGAAGAUAGUCAGGACAAGAUUAAAAUUAUUUCCAUGUCAUUUUGGUGAAAUAUAUUUAUAGGUUCUUAAAGUUAGGGUAGAGCUGUCAAACUAUCUUGUAGACAAAAAAAAGCAAUUCUCCCCAACAUGCCAAAGCAAUAUCUGAGGAGUUUUCCCAGACCACCACAGACACACACACACACACACACACACACACACACACAAAACGCGUACGUAUGUAUAAGAAUCCAGAGAAAUAUUGCCAUUAGUUGUAUCAACAAAUCAACAUGUAUUUCUGUGGAACACAAUAACUUGCCCAAAGUUUACCUCGGAAGCAUCACUUUUCUAUCAUGUCCUUUCAGACAUCGUCUGUAUUUUAUUGUUGUGCAUUUUAAACACGGACUUCGGUUUCGGUUUGGUUUCGGCAGGAGAUGAUAGGAAAGAGCGAGCACUCUUUUCCCACAGCAUAUAACAAGUAGCACAAACUAUAUAUAAUUUUUUCCAACAGCUGACAGACAGCAAUAUGUGACAAAAGGGUUCGACUAAAAGUGAUGGUCUCUGUAUAUGCCUGUAUAUAUAAACUUUGAACUUUAGCUUGCAUCAAUGGUCACAUCUGGGAAAAACCUCAUUCUGACUGAUCUGACUGCCACAUACCACACAGACAGAGGUACCGUCUCAUUAUCUCAGCUUGAACGGAGUGCCAGUUGGCUGUUUAUUUAGCAAACACUUUCUCUGUAAGAACACGUGUGUUUUAGUCAUGCGGGUUUGCGCACAUUGUUAUCCAUGCUGGUUAUCUGCGUGUAAUCUUUGGUCAUGGCUGAAUGCUGUGGGUUUAUGUGUGUGUGUGUUCACUACAGACAGUCAUUCUCAUCCCACUUUCAGUAGUAUAAAUCUCAUUUCAACACAUGCACAUGUUAAAUCGGACACUUUGUUCAUUCCCAUUACAAUAUUUGCUUUUUUGAUGAUGAUGUUAAUUUUCGUUCCUUGUAGAACAUUUGAACUGGUGUGAAUACAUUGGUGAGAGUUGAAUGUCUUGAGUGUUUUGCACAUCCUGAUUUUGCUGAGUGACAAAUUUGAUCAGCCAAUCUGGAACACAAUGAUGUAACAUCACGACUAGUCUUUCUUUUCUUGAUUCCUUCAGCUUAAUGUAGUGUUUAUCACUUAAAUGACACAAUAUAAUGCAUUACAAAACAUAAGCUAAGGGAUUCAUUUACUUAAAUGAUUGAAUUAGAUAGUGUACUAUGCUUAGCACAGCAGUACCUGCUAACGAGUUAGCUCUAGGGAUGCAUCAGAUGGAGUAUGAGAACUAGUACAUGUUUUUUGGUACUCAUUGAUAUCCAUACUGAUGCAGAAAUGAGGAACCUACUUAGUAUUAAGAGAUCAGGGGCAACAUGGAACAUUUUAUUUAGCUCAGUUUGUUAGUUGCUGCCAUGUGCUGCUAGUAAUGAACUCCUGAGUUGUCUGUUUAUGGUAAUAUACUGAUUGAACAAUAUCUUUAAUAUCAGUAAAAAUGAGCUCAUUAAUGAGUGUCAUUAAUUGCACCUUGACUCUCAAGCAAAGUGUAGACCAUGCAAGCGAGGGCAAAGAAAGCAUACGUGUCUCAGUGCUCGCUGAACUGAAGUGCUCUUCUCUGCAUGUUCUCUUCACUGCUCCGUGCUCACGAAUAUGUUGCACAUGUUUUUAAUGUCCUCGCUUGCUGAUAUUGCUCUGCACGCUCAGGAUGGCCCCCUUCGCAUUGCCUAUUAAAUAUAAAGUUUAAAUGCAAUAUGAGGUUUUAUCAGGUUAGUUGUAGUAUAGCUCGUUGCUGUAGUUGCUCCUCUUGAUAUUUUCACAGAGCAGAGUUUGCAGUCUGGUUUGCUUUGUUUGCUGUCAUUGAUAGUCAAAAAUGUACACUAGGCUUACAUCUUAUAGUAUCAUGAAGUAUUAGUUGCUGGAACCUGAGCAUUUUUUAACAUUACAAGUAAAAGAGCAUGAUACUGGAUUGAUCGAUCCCUGCUUAGCUUAGCUAACAUUAAUGUUACCUCUAAAGCUACCUGAAUACCUAGCUAAUGUUGCGUCAACAGUAGCCAAGUUUGCUAGCCAGCCAGUGAGCAUUAGGUAAACUAUGAUAUUGUGUAAGGAGGUACAGUAGUGCAGUGGGUAGCAUUACCACCUCACAGCAGCAGUGUCCUCUAUUCUCGAGCUCUGGUUACUCUCUUAUGGAGUUUUGCGUGAUCUCCCCAUGUCUUUCUGCUUCUUCAGUUUUCUCCCACCUCCUAAAAACAUGCCAGUAUGUGGAUUGUCUAUGCUAAAUUGCCCCAAGUGUAAAGUUGUGUCUGGGAUAUUUUCCCAUCUGACGUCCAGAGUUCUUGGGCUAGGCUCCAGAGCCACCGUGACCCUUACCAAGAUAAAGCGGUUAAUGAAGAUGAAUGAUUGAAUUGUACUGUGUAAUUAACACUAGCCAAGUUACCUAGCAAGCAAGCUAACAUUAAGUAACCUGUUAUCGGUGAUGUUACAUUAUCAAGUUUCCGAUUGGCUGAGCCAUUUUAACUUAACCUCUUAAAUUCCCAGGAGCUAUCAGUCUUGUAACUACACACAUUUUGCUAUUAGUUUCACUGUAGUUACUGAAGAAACCUAGUACUGAAUCAUAUGCUUCAAGAUAAAGAACUGAAUAAUAUGCUAAGAUUUUAAGGAGAUAAGCUCCACCCCUAUCAAAUAGGGAUGACUAUCACUUUGCAAAUAUCUGUAUGUGUGUGUGGGUGUGUUUGUGUGUGAGUGAAAGCUGCCAGCUUUUUUUUUUUUUUUUUUAAGAUGUUAGUGUUACAAACGUGUGUUUUGGUGUGUUGUAUCUCCACAUAUGGAAAAUCACACACUGUAGGGCUGAUGAUUUUGUGGCAUUUAUAAAAAUCAUUUGCUUUAUUUCACGCAGUGAACAUGUCUAGAGAAGCAUAUUUUCAUAUGAUAGCACAUAAAUAAGCAGAAAGUCCAUCAGAUCCGUAACUCCAGUGUGUUUGUAAGUAGCCUUCCAGCCAUUUUUGUGAAGGAAGUCAUUGUGUUUAUUGUAAAUUUGGAUAUAUAUUGCCUUUUUUCUGUACAUAGUGCUCUCACUGUCUACAAUUGUUGAUAUGAAUCUGAUGGCAUAUUUUUAUAUACUUGUUUAAGUUGUCUGUUUUUUUUUUUUUUUUCCUUCAGCAUGUCCUCUGUGCUGCCAUAUUUAAAUAACUGUGUCGUAUUUUAGAAGAAGAGUCUCGCCUCUCUGCAGCUCCUGUUCCAAUCCUCAUGGUUUCUUCACUGCUUUUCCUCUUUAUGGUUCUUGUGGGUUUCUUUGCAAUUAAAAACAAUCACUGGUUGCCAGAUCA